AUGGCUUGCAAAAUGGUGGGAGGAGGCAGUGAUGGCUCACUAGACCUCUGUGCAAGAGUCUGCCUCAUUGAUGAGAAUGAAAAUAUCAUUUUCCACACCUAUGUCAAGCUAAGCCUUCCUGUCACCAACUACAGGUACGAGACGACUGGCAUAAGGCUGGAGUAUUUGAGGGAUGCAACGCCAGUUAGACAAGUUGGGAAGAAGAUUCAAGACUACUUAUGCAAUGGGGAGCCGAUAUGGAAGAUCCAGUCUAGAACUGGAAAAGCUCGAAUCCUCGUUGGCCAUGGCCUUGAACAUGAUUUAAAAUGCUUGGAGUUUGAACGCCCCGAGUUUUUCAUUAGGGAUACUGCAAAAUAUCCGCCAUUUGGUGUCUACAGAUAA